GGCGAUGCAUACGGCCAGGAUUCAGAACUUGGUACGGAAACUGCAACGUCCACCCAGUGGCGAGAAUAUCUUCAUUAGCAGCAGUUAUUCGGGUCGAGUGUUUGUUGCUGAUCAAGAAGAAGUAAACAAGAUCUGUGAAGAAUACCAAAAACUCGAGAACAAGUAUGAUCUGUUCGAGCGGAUGUUUAUUCAGCUCUUUCUAGAAGAGGAAAUCGAGCUGUCUGUUCAUUUCGGUCUCGACAAGCUAAAUGAGCAAGACCUUCGAAAGGAUCAACGUUUUCGAACGCAUGUUGGUAAAUUCCAACGAUUUUUCACGGGCAUAGUCGAAAUGCUUUCCAAAGGACCAGAUCAACUCAACAAUAUCGUUCAAGUUCUGAGAAUAGUUGGUCGACAGCACGGAAACGUUCGUACGAUGAGUUUCACGGCAGAAAAAUGGCUUAUUUUCAAGAACGUGCUCCUUUCAUUGCUUUGUCGAGAUAACUCGGAGAAAUCAUUUUCAACGUGGAGUAAAUUUAUUAGUUUCGUCAUCUACGAAAUCAAAGACAGUUAUCUGGAGCAGGACAGUGUAGACAAUGAGGAGAGGUAUUAG